AUGGCUUCCUCCAACAGACACUGGCCGAGCAUGUUCAAAUCCAAGCCCUGCAACAAUCCUCUUCAUCAAUGGCCCCAGCACGACAAUGGCGGUUGCCACAGAACCUCUCACUCAUCAGGUUCUGGAUUGGAGGAGAGGACGCCGGAGCCGAAGCCGCGGUGGAACCCUAGGCCGGAGCAGAUCAGGAUUCUUGAAGCUAUUUUCAAUUCAGGAAUGGUUAAUCCUCCCCGCGACGAGAUCAGACGAAUUCGGAUUCAGUUGCAGGAAUACGGCCAGGUCGGCGACGCCAAUGUCUUCUAUUGGUUUCAGAACCGGAAAUCUAGAACCAAGCACAAGCAACGCCAGUUGCAGAACGCCGGAAAAUCUCAGCUUCAACAAUCAACUGCCGCUCCUCCGCCGCCGGCCCCCGCCGCCGCUGCCAUUAUCGCUGCUUCAUCCUCUUCUUCCUCCUCGUCGGAAAAAUCCUCUCACAAUAGCCCCGUCGAGAACCCAAUUAUCUCCGCCGGCGGUGUUCCAACUCCCUCCGUCGUCGAUCUGCUGAAUUCCCCGUCGCCGGCUUCCAUCAAUCACCAGUCGGCAGCGGCGAAUGCGUCCUUCUUCCAAUCUCCGACUGACUUUCUCCCUGAAUCGUUUCUGUUCCCUGCAAUGCAGCAAAACAACGCCGGCGUAGAAUCGUCGCCGGAAAAUCUAGCCAAUGGAUUCUGGUUCUCUGACAUGCCUAACGCCGUCGACGAUCAGAGCUACGGAAACAGCCCAAAUAUCUUCCUGAACGAACUGAUGCUGAUGAACACACAAUUCCCUUCCAAGAAAGAUCACGAUUUGGAGAAGACGAAGCCACCGACCCCCGCCGAUCAGAAUGUUCUUCCUCCACCCCUCCCCUCACUCCCCUCUCUCCCAAAUCAAGGUGUCGUUAGCGAAGCGUGCCCGGCGAAAUCGACGGUGUUCAUCAACGACAUGUGCUUCGAGGUGGCGGCGGCGCCGUUCAAUGUCCGGGACGCGUUCGGCGACGACGCGGUGCUGGUGCAGUCGCCGUCGGGGCAGGCGGUGCUGACGAAUGAGUGGGGCGAAACGUUGCAGCCGCUCCAGCACGGCGGCUUUUACUAUCUCUUGCGCCCUUUCACUUCUCCCUUCGACGAGUCCGCCAUUGAUAUGAUUUUCUUCUUCAUUAUCCGCCUCCUUCAGUGUGCUGUCAUUCACUGGAAGAAUCCAAAUCCAAAAUUCCCAAUCUUUCAGUUUCUGCAACUUGCAGGCAGAUCUGAUCUGAUCAACAACUGCAAGAAAUUCCCUUUUGUUCCCAGAGAUAGCGGAGACAGAAGCAGCAAGGAAGGAAAUUAG